GAGGUGUAAUGGCGAAGAAUCCAUGUUCUGCUGUUGCCACAGGAACAAAGAAGCGCAGAGCAAAACCGCAUAAGAGGGAAGAUGAAUCCACUGAGAAUGAAGAAAUGGUAACUGAACAUGACAUUGCUACAAAAGAGAGCAAUGGCAUAGCUGAUGAGCCUGUUGCGCGCAAGAGACCAAAGAGAGCAGCUGCCUGUUCUAACCUCAAAGAGAAGGAAUUGGACUUAUCUGAAAAAGAUUUAGUUGUCACAAUCAAGGAAAGUCGGGUGGAAGAGGAAGAAAUAGAUGCUGUUAGGUUGACAAAAACAGAACCUGAAGAUCGGCGACCAUGCAGAAAACUCAUUGAUUUCACCUUGCAUGAUGCAGAUGGUAAUCUGCAACCCUUUGAAAUGUCUGAAGUUGAUGGUAUUUUCAUAACAGCUCUUGUCAUGCCCUUGAAUGAUGAUCUGGAAAAGGAUAGAGAAAAGGGUAUACGCUGUUUAGGAUUUGGGCGAAUUGAGGACUGGGCAAUUUCUGGCCACAAUGAAGGGACUGCAGUAAUUUGGGUCUCAACAGAAAUAGCUGAUUAUAAAUGUGUGAAGCCAGCAAGCAGUUACAGGUCUUAUUUUGACCACUUCAGUGAGAAGGCUCGUGUCUGUGUUGAAGUUUAUAGAAAAAUAGCUAAAUCAGUUGGUGGAAAUCCUCAGCUUGGCCUGGAAGAAUUGCUUGCUAGUGUUGUCCGUUCCAUUAAUUCAAACAGAAAAUCUGGUGGAACAAUGAGCAAGGACUUUGUGAUUUCCAUUGGUGAGUUCAUAUACAACCAACUUGUUGGAUUAGAUAACACAGCAGGCAGCAAUGAUGAUAUAUUGGCCACACUCCCUGUUCUUGUUUCACUAAGAGACGAAAGUAAAUCUAGAGUAGAAUUCAACAUGUUUUCAGUUAUGACCUCAAGUGGAACUCUGAAGAUAAAGGAUGAGCAGUGUAAGGGAGUAAAUGAGGACGAUGAUGAGAAAUUAGCAAGACUGUUGCAGGAAGAGGAAGAGUGGAAGAUGAUGAAGCAGAGAGGGAAACGUGGAACUUCACAGAAAAAUGUCUACAUCAAAAUUAGUGAAACUGAGAUUGCCAAUGACUACCCACUGCCAGCUUACUAUAAACCAUAUAGUCAAGAAAUGGAUGAGUACAUAUUUGAUAGCGACAUUGGCUUGUUUUCUGAUGAUAUGCCAGUGAGAAUCCUCAACAAUUGGGCUCUAUAUAAUUCAGAUUCCAGACUCAUUCCUUUGGAGCUCGUCCCUAUGAAAUCAGGUGCCGAAAAUGAUACAGUGAUCUUUGGAUCAGGUUUUAUGAGAGAAGAUGAUGGUAGUUGUUGUUCCACCGCUGAACCAGCACAGUUAUCUUCUUCCUCAAGUAAAUCUUAUCAGGAAGAUCCAGGAAUUCCAAUUUAUCUGAGCCCAAUCAAGGAGUGGGUUGUAGAAUUUGGUGGUCCUAUGAUCUGCAUAACCAUUCGAACUGAUGUAGCUUGGUACAAACUGCGCCAGCCAACAAAACAAUAUGCUCCAUGGUGUGAGCCUGUAUUGAAAACAGCAAGGCUGGCUGUUAGCAUCAUCACUCUUUUAAAGGAACAAAGUCGUGCUUCAAAGCUUUCUUUCGCCGAAGUCAUUAAAAAAGUAGCAGAACUUGACAGUGGGCACCCUGCAUUUAUAUCAUCAAAUUCAACGGUUGUUGAAAGAUAUGUUGUGGUGCAUGGACAAAUAAUAAUUCAGCAGUUUGCAGACUUUCCAGAUGCGUCUAUUCGACGGAGUGCCUUUGUCACAGGCCUUGUACUGAAGAUGGAAGAAAGAAGGCACACGAAAUUGGCUAUGAAGAAGAAAUCUCAAGCGAUGAGAGGAGAGAAUCUGAACCCAAGUGCAAAAAUGGGCCCAAUAUUAAGAAGGAAGCUUAUGCGUGCGACAACUACAAGUUUGAUCAGCAAGAUAUGGGGUGAUUAUUAUGCCACGCACUUUCCAGAGGAUACAAAGGAAGGAUAUGGAAAUGAACAAAAGGAAAUUGAUGAGGAGCAAGAUGAAAAUGAAGAUGAUACUGAAGAGGAGGUUAAUGUUGAAGUGGAACAAGCUGCGAGGACCCCACCAUCAGCACGGUCUAGAAAGUCAUCAAAUACUUGCAAGGAAGUUAAAUGGGAAGGGCAAACAGCUGGAAAAACAGUGUCCGGAGAAGUUCUGUACAAAUGUGUUACAGUUCGAGAUCUUAGUGUUGCUGUUGGUGGGACAGUCACAUUGGAAGAUGAUUCAGGAGAACCCAUCAUGUGUUUUAUUGAGUAUAUGUAUGAGAAACAUGACGGUACAAAAAUGUUUCAUGGAAGGAUUCUGCAAAAGGGUCCUCAGACUGUUCUUGGCAAUGCUGCAAAUGAAAGGGAGGUUUUCUUGACUAAUGAUUGUCUAGAGUUCGAAUUAGGCGACAUCAAAGAAUUGGUGACUGUCAAUGUCCAAUUGAUGCCGUGGGGCCACAAAUACAGAAAGGAGAAUUUCGAAGCUAAUAGGAUUGAAAAGGCGAAGGCAGAGGAGAGGAAGAGGAAGGGUCUACCAGUGGAAUAUUUUUGCAAAAGCUUAUACUUGCCAGAGAACGGUGGUUUCUUCUCCCUCCCUCAUGAUAAGCUUGGCCUUGGAAUUGGCGCUUGUAGCUCCUGUGAGAAAAGAAAACUAGUUGAUGGUGAAUUCAAUAUACUUUCAGAGACUAGUUUUGACUUCAAGAAUAUCAGAUACAACGUUCAUGACUUUCUGUAUAUUAGGCCUGAAUUUUUCUCCCAAGGAGAGGGCCAUGAGACCUACAAGGCUGGAAGAAACGUGGGCCUAAAGCCUUAUGUUGUAUGCCAUGUAUUGAGUAUCCAUGUUCCCGCCGGAUCUAAGAAAGCACAUCCUGAAUCGACAAAAAUAAGUGUGAGAAGGUUUUACAGGCCCGAUGAUAUAUCAUCAUCAAAAGCCUAUUCGUCAGAUAUCAGAGAGGUAUACUACAGUGAAGAUAUCAUGACUGUGCCAGUGGCAAUGACAGAGGGAAAAUGUGAGGUUAGGAUGAAGGCCGACCUUCCAAAUUCAGAUCUUCCGGUGGUGGUUGAGCAUGUAUUUUACUGUGAACAUUUGUAUGAUCCUGUUACUGGAGCCCUCAAACAGCUUCCCACCAAUGUUGAACUCAUGUCACUGAUAAGGAGGGCACCUUCUGCUUUAAAAAAGAAUAAAGGAAAGCAAAUUUGUCACGAUGGCCUAGCUUGUUCAGAUAAACAGAAGGAUAGGCACCAAGAGAACUGUCUUUCAACCCUUGACAUUUUCGCUGGCUGUGGAGGUUUAUCUGAAGGAUUGCAGCAAGCCAGAGCGUCACUCACAAAAUGGGCAAUUGAAUACGAAAAGCCUGCUGGGGAAGCAUUUGGUGAAAAUAAUCCAGAAGCAGCAGUAUUUGUGGAGAACUGCAAUGUGAUUUUGAAGGCAAUAAUGGAUAAGUGUGGUGAUGCUGAUGAUUGCAUCUCUACUUCUGAGGCUGCUGAGCAAGCAGCUAAACUUUCUGAUGAGAAGAUUAAGAAUCUGCCUGUGCCUGGUGAAGUAGACUUCAUCAAUGGUGGACCUCCAUGUCAGGGAUUUUCUGGAAUGAACAGAUUCAAUCAAAGUCCAUGGAGCAAAGUUCAAUGUGAGAUGAUCCUAGCAUUCCUGUCUUUCGCAGAAUAUUUCCGGCCCAGAUUCUUUCUCUUGGAAAACGUCAGGAACUUUGUUUCGUUCAACAAAGGCCAGACCUUCAGACUAACACUGGCAUCACUCCUGGAGAUGGGAUACCAGGUUCGAUUCGGAAUUCUAGAGGCAGGGGCUUACGGUGUCGCACAGUCCAGGAAAAGGGCAUUCAUCUGGGCUGCUGCACCUGGAGAGGCCCUUCCUGAGUGGCCUGAACCGAUGCACGUCUUCGCUAGCCCUGAGCUGAAGAUAAAUCUCCCUGGUGGCAAAUACUACGCAGCUGUCAAGAGCACUGCCACAGGGGCACCCUUCCGGUCAAUAACAGUUAGAGAUACAGUUGGGGAUCUUCCACCCGUGGAAAAUGGCGCCAGCAAACCAACAAUACAGUACGGAAGCGAGCCUGUGUCAUGGUUCCAGAAGAAGAUUAGAGGCAACUCAGUUUUGCUAAACGAUCACAUAUCCAAGGAGAUGAACGAGCUUAAUCUCAUAAGGUGCAAGCACAUCCCAAAGAGACCUGGCUGUGACUGGCAUGACCUGCCAGAAGAGAAGGUGAAACUGUCAACCGGGCAAAUGGUGGACCUGAUACCUUGGUGCUUGCCCAACACAGCCAAAAGGCACAAUCAGUGGAAAGGCCUAUACGGCAGGCUGGACUGGGAGGGCAACUUCCCCACCUCCGUGACCGAUCCCCAGCCAAUGGGCAAGGUCGGCAUGUGCUUCCACCCUGAACAAGACAGGAUCAUCACUGUCCGUGAAUGUGCCCGAUCUCAGGGCUUCCCUGACAGCUACCGUUUCGCGGGCAACAUCCAGUGCAAGCACAGGCAGAUCGGGAACGCCGUGCCACCUCCGCUUGCCUACGCGCUCGGGAGGAAGCUCAAGGAAGCCAUCGACGCGAGGCGUUGAGCAGCUUGCCUUGGUCGCCGUCCAACUUUUUGGUUGGUCCAAGUGCACGUGAUUAGUUAUUGGAACUCCUGCAUUUUGUGAGCAAACAAACUCUGAACUCGAUUCUGACUGGGCUGGUACGCUGGUAGCCUGGUUACGUGGAUGGCUUUUUGUACAUCUAACCAAGGGAGGAGUAAGUAGUUAACACCAAGAGGAUUCUGGUGGCAUAGAAACAAAAUCAUAGCAUUCGGAGUAUAAUCUUCUGUGGACAGUAACUUAAGUCAUGGGGGGUAUAAUCUUUUGUGAACGGUCAUUCAAGUCAUUGGGGGUAUAAUCUUUUGUGGACAGUAACUUAAGUCAUUGUCAUUGGGGGUAUAAUCUUUUGUGCACUGUAACUUAAGUCAUUGUCAUUGGGGGUAUAAUCUUUUGUGCACUGUAACUUCAGUAAUAUGGUGACAUGAACUAUUUAAGGUGAAAUAUGAAUAACCUUU